AUGUUACAAAUAAAUAUUCGUGACAAGCGUGAUAUCUUCACCGUGAACACUAUGUCGACUUCAAUGAAGGAGCUGGAGUUUCAGCGGAUGCUGUUACAAGUACAGGAGUCUCUCACUGCUGAUGAAGUGCAGGACAUGGUGUUCCUGUGCUCAGAUCACAUCGCUGCUAAAGACCUCAGCACUGUGAGCGCAGGCAGACAACUCUUCCUUCUUCUGGAGAACCGGGACCUGCUGUCGUCGGAGGACCCAUGGCUGCUUCUGGAGCUGCUCAGGAUCAUGAAACAGAACAGCCUGAUCCGCAAUCUGCACUUUGAUGCUUUCACGCAAACCGACUUCUCAACAUUUCCUCAGCGUGUCUCCCGGUACAGAAAGUUGUUGUACGAGGUGUCAGAAUCCAUCUGUGACCAGGACCUGAAAAACAUUAAAUUCCUCCUCAUCAAAACACUAUCGCGCAGAAAACUGGAGAAGGAAAUGACGCUGCUGCAGUUGUUUUUGGAGAUGGAGAAGGAAGACCUUUUAAAUGAAGACAAUUUGGACGUUCUGCGGGAAAUUAUUUCCAAGAUCCAUCCCGGUUUAGAAAAAAGAGUUAUUCAAUACAAAACAGAGAGUUCUGGUGGAAUGGUUAUUGCUCAAGAGACCGGGAUUAAUUCCUCCGACACGGACACACCAGCUCCGCCCUCGCCGCUGACAUCAGUGGACACAAUGGAGGACCAGGUGGACAGACUCAGUCUGAGUAGAGCUUCUGAGAUUAGUGGAGGUACUGUAGGAAAUGUCCAAAACAACAUCAUGUAUCAGAGUCUGACUGAAAAUCCAGAGAUCCCGCAGUAUGAGAUGACAGGGGACAGGAGAGGAGUCUGUCUAAUCAUCAACAACCGUGACUUCAGUGCAUGCACUCUGGGAAACAGAGAAGGAACAGACAUUGACAAAGCCAGUCUGGAGGCUGUGUUCCAGUGGUUGGGCUUUGAGGUGGUGGUUGAGCAGGACUGCGAUCACAUGCGUAUGCUGCAGGUGUUGAGGGAGCUGGCGUCCCGUGACCACACACCGGUGGACUGCGUGGUGUGCUGCGUGCUGAGCCACGGGCGUGUGGAGGGCAUCGCCGGGGUCGAUGGAGAGACCGUCACCGUCAGAGAGCUGACGGAGACUCUGAGUCCAAUGUGGUGCCCCUCACUCUUCCAGAAACCCAAACUGUUCUUCAUCCAGGCCUGCAGGGGCACCAGAGAGCAGAGAGCAGUGUUUGGUCAAACUUUCCCAGAAGAUGAGGACUCGCCGGUCAGCGACGCAGCUGUACCCAGAGACUCCAUCCCCGAGGCGGCGGACUACCUGCUAGCCACCUCAACCGUACCUCACCAUGUCUCAUACAGGGAAAAGGGCAAGGGCUCCUGGUUCAUACAGUCCCUCUGCCGCAAUCUGAAGCUGCUGGUGCCAAGGGGGACAGAUCUACUCUCCAUUCUGACGCAGGUGAACGGAGACGUGAGCAGGAAGACGGACAAGAGUGGUCUGAGGAAGCAGAUGCCACAGCCAGAGUAUACUCUCACCAAGAGAGUGGUUUUCCCUCCUCCCAAAACUCAACCACCCCCUCCAUGAUGUCCUCCAGUUUACCGGCCCGUCAUCGAGUGCUGACUCGCUGAGCCAU